UGGGAGUGUGGCGCCGGGAUCACUGCUGACCACACCACCACCCCACCCCCCUCGUAGUGCAACCCAGCUCCCCUUCCCCACCCCACCCACCCACCCACGACCCACACGAGGUGUCAGGAUGGGUUGUGGGCCCAUGUGUGUGUGUACUGGCUACUGAGGGCGCCACAUUGAUUUUAGAAGGGUGUAGCAGAUGUUGUUGGUUGUGCCAGCGGCGCCGGUAGUGUAGUGAAGGCCGCCUCUACUGUAAAUAUUGUGGUGGGAGGCAGCAUCUGCCAGGUGUAGUGUGAGGCAACAUCUCCCAGGUGUUGUGUGAGGGAGGAGUGUGUGAAGUGUGAGGCGUGUCGUUAACGUGGCCACGGUGGAGACGUGUUGCGGCAACCCAGAGCAGGCGAGGAGUGUGGGCGGCGUGAGGACUAGAGUGCUGGCCAUGAACGGUGAGGGCGGCGGGGAGGGCGGCGGUGGCGGGAGGGUGGUGACGUCACAGCCGGGGGGCGGCGGCAGCACCUUCCUCAGGACGGGCUCCACGCCCCCCUCCUACUCCAGCUCUCCUCGCCUUCGUCGCCUCGAUGACAUGAAGAAGUCCUACAUGGGCGGCAGCGGGGGCUCGAACCCCGGCCCGGCCCCCAACAACGCCACCAGCGGCUACAACCCCACCUUCACCUCCAAGUACUCCACCUCCAGCGGCAACACCUACCGUCUGGCCUCCCUCGACCGUCUGGCUCAGAGACACAAGCUUUACGACACCAACGGCAUCCCCACUGACGCCACAAACAUCAACAACCCCAAUAACACCAUCACCAACACUCCUAACAUCAACACCUCCAGCAUCACCAACACCCCCAACAUCACCAACACCUCCAGCAUCACCAACACCCCCAACAUCACCAACACCUCCAACAUCACCAACACCGCCAGCAUCACCAACACCGCCAGCAUCACCAACGCCGCCAACGCCACCAACUGCGGCGUGAGUACCAACAACAGCCACGCCCCCAGCGGCGGGUCGCGGGACACGCCCAGGGAGGCGCCCGCUCCCCCUACCUCAGCCAUCCCCACUGCCACGCCCCCACUGUUGCAGAGUAAGCGGGAGAUGUUCUUCAAGACGGAGGCUGGGAGUGGGGGCUCUGGUGGUGGGGGCACGCCCCUCGCCGCCCCCACCACAGCACCCCCCGCCCCGCCUGUCACCGCCCCCUCCACGGCACCGCCCCCACCCCCCUCCAACACCACCCCCCCGGCCUCCGCACCUGCCAGCGUCGCCUCUAUCAAGGAACAGCUCCUCACCACGAAGGAACGCAAGGAACACAAGGACGAAGAGAACAAGGAGAACAAGCUGGUGAAGGAGUUGGUGAAGGAAAGACGACCGCGGGAGGUGGAUGGCUACGUGGGCUUCGCCAACCUGCCCAACCAAGUAUACCGGAAAGCAGUGAAGCGAGGCUUUGAGUUUUCGCUAAUGGUGGUGGGUGAGAGUGGGUUAGGGAAGAGCACGCUCAUCAACUCCAUGUUCCUCUCGGACAUUUACUCCAAUGACCACCCGGGACCCUCUCACCGCGUCAAGAAAACCGUACAGGUAGAGACAACCAAAGUCCUGCUAAAAGAAAAUGGGGUUAAUCUGAUGUUGACGGUGGUGGACACGCCAGGGUUCGGAGAUGCUGUUGACAAUAGUGACUGUUGGCAGCCAGUAACAGACUAUGUGGAGACCAAAUAUGAAGAAUAUCUUAACUGUGAAUCAAGAGUGAACAGAACACAGAUCAGUGACAGCAGGGUACACUGUUGCCUGUACUUCAUUGCUCCAUCGGGCCACGGCUUGAAACCCCUCGAUGUUGAGUUUAUGAGACGCCUCCACGACAAAGUGAACAUUAUUCCAGUUAUAUCCAAAGCUGACACUCUCACACCUGACGAGUGUCAACACUUGAAGAAACAAGUACUUAAUGAAAUAGCCCAGCAUAAGAUAAAGAUAUACGAGUUCCCAGAAGAUGAAGGAGAUGCUACUGGGAGUAAGUUGAAGCAGAGAGUACCUUUUGCAGUUGUUGGUUCCAAUACUACGGUGGAAGUUGAAGGGAAAAAAGUUCGGGGUCGCAAGUACCCCUGGGGAAUAGUGGAAGUUGAAAACAUAGAACACUGUGACUUCAUCCCUCUCCGCAACAUGAUGAUUCGCACACAUAUGCAGGACCUGAAGGAUGUGACCAAUAAUGUUCACUAUGAAAACUACCGGUGUCGCAAGCUAGCGGGCGGGGGUGGAGCAGACGGAAAAAUUAAGCUCUCAAACAAGAAUCCACUUGCUCAAAUGGAAGAAGAAAAGAAGGAACAUACAAACCGCAUGAAGAAGAUGGAAACCGAGAUGGAGCAAGUCUUUGAAAUGAAAGUCAAAGAAAAGAUGAGCAAACUUACAGAAUUGGAAGCAGAUCUACAAAAACGCAAUGAGUCCAUGCGCAAAAAACUAGAAGCUGACUUAUCAGAAUUGGAAGAAGAACGAGAACGGUUUGAACAUGAAAGAAAAGCGUGGGAGGCAGCCAAUGGUAUAACAGUGGAGGAGCUCCGUCGGAAAUCCCUAGAGUCUAUCAGCAGAGAGACCUCCUCCCUGGCGUCUUCCAGCACCACCUCAGGAGGCUCUCAGAAGAGCUCCCCAAAGUUCUCGCGUACCUACUCACUCCCCAGACAUAAGUUCAAACAUAAUGAGCAGUGUAACCAGCAGUGAUAGGGCAGGACAACAAGAUAAACGAGGGCAUCUAUUUCUACUUUCACUAAUAUUGUGUUAUGUGUAGCUACUUUGAUUUGAUUUGAUACUCAAGCGAAAUAAUCAAUAAUAUUUUUUAACAGAAUUCAUCAUUAAUACAGUAGUGUGUAAUGAUGAAUAUUAGCAUAGCAAUGUGUUGGUGAUAAUUGUUGUAUAUGUAUCUUGAGGUUGUUUUACUCGUGUCCAAUGACUAAACAACACAAGGAUCUCCUGCCAUUAAAAAUAAAUUAAUUAAAUUCUGUGAUGCACGUAAAAAUAUUUUAUUAUACAAGCGCUUCGAGUUAUGAUUUACAAUACUGUGCAGAUACAAGAUUGAAUAACCUUAGUUUACCCCCAAUGGUUACUUUAUGCCAGCCACACGCUCAAAUGUGCAGACUGUAUACAGUAAUUGGCAUUGCUUCAUGUAUCUCGCUGUCUGGUUUACGGUUGUUUAAGAAUAACAGUUUAUUUGAAUGCAUCACAUUUCCAUUUUUAGUGUUUACUGGUGAAGUAUUUACCUCUACCUUUAAUGCAAACAUUAAGGAUAGAGGUAGAUAUUCCAGUAGUAGACAUGAAGGGUAGAGGAUGUUAUUCCAGCAUUAGAUAUUAAGGGUGGAGGGAGGUACUUUAUUACAGUACUAGAUAUUAAGGGUGGAGGUAGGUUUUCAAGUCCUAGGUAGUAAGGGUAGAUGGAGAUAUUCCAGAAGUAGACAUGAAGAGCAGAGGAAGCUAUUCAAGUACUAGAUAUUUUCCUCAAAGAUAAAGAGAAUGAAUGAAAGUGAAUCUGGUUUGGUGAUUAAUAUGAAAUGUUAAAAUGGAACAAAAGGCUUAGUUUCAGCAUCUGGAUGGUUAGAUAUACUGUAGUUAAAAACCAUGUGUGGUUUAAGUAAAGUAUCCUGGUACUGUUUAAUGUUGUAUAUUUCUAGGGAAUGUAUCACACUAAACAGGAAUAUGUUGUGGUAAUGAUCAAUUUAGUUUGAUCAGUUUUUCAGCUUUAACCAAAAUUUAUUAUAUAUUAAAUUUCUGGAAUAAAGAUUAAAUUGUAUUUACCAUUGGGCAGUUAACAGGUACAUAAGGAAACUAAGAAAAACACAGUUGAGAAAGAGACCCAGCUGAUGUGGCAUAUAAAUACCAGAAUAUGAGUUAAAAUGAGGCACUUGUUGGGUAUUGCAAGGGAAAUUAGUUAUAUUCAACUUGUGUUACUCUUAUUGCAGCACUAGUUUUGUAUCUGCAUAGUAAGUAUAUCCAUAGUUCACUCAUGUGCAGGUGCUUACCACAGUCUUGAAGUUGAAUGUCUUUGGAGUUCCUUAGUUCAUUGUUGGAAUAAUUCAUUUAAUUUUUUUCGUUGAAUGUUACGCAGCAUAGUUGAAGCCAUCCAUAUCUUUGUGAUAAAGUUUGUUUAUUGACUGCAGUUACUCUCUCUGCAUACCAUAGUGGCAUUACAUUGGCAUUAUUAUCAAAAAUAAAGAUUUGGAUGAAACUUUUGAAUUUCUUUAUCAAAACUUAUAAUUAGCAUUACCAGAUAUAUGAAUAAGAAUAAAGUAGUGUACUAUGGUUGUAGAUAUUCACUAUAAUAUUUUGGUGGUUGCAGGCCUCUAACAAGAACUACUAGUUUGUGAAUGGCAGUUGACCAGUCAGACAUCCCAUAUUGUAACUUGUAAGACCUUCAAAUUAUUCAUUACAUUUUAUGUACAUAAUAUUUCAUUUUCAGUAUAUUUUAGUUUCCAGGAUAUAAAUGGACACAUGUUUAUAAUUUUCAGACUAUAUUACUUGUAUGAAUUCCACUUACAGGUUUGUAAUAAACUCCUUGUUCCAAGUUUACAGAUAAUUGGAACCAAACCCUCCAAUACAUGAGUGGUUUAUCAUCACAGUUGACAACACUACAGCAAAUCUUGUGGAAAUGUUUCCCUCACCAUGACCAAUCUCCCCCCCCCCCCCAUCACCAUGUCCUCUUCCCUAUACACCAUCUCUCAGCAUACAACCCAUCAUCCUGAUAGCACACCACAUUUUGAUAUACAGUAUAUAGUACUUUACCUAAGGCCAAAAACUGAUAUACAAAAAUGGUAGAGGCUCGCAAAAUUGACGAUGCCUCGUUGACUUUUCAUGGGUCCUCGGGUUGGUUAGAUUUGGGCACUUUAGUAUAACAGUUUAGUGAUGUUGGAAUGCUCAGGAGGACGGGUUGCACUAUGACCUAUCCACCUUCCAGCACCAUGAUCUAAUCCCCUUCCCACACCAUGAUCUAAUCCCCUUCCCACACCAUGACCUAUCUCCCUAUACACCUUCCCUCACAAUGAGCUAUCCCUAUUUCCCCUCAUCAUGACCUAUCCUUCCAUCACGCUCAGGAUAUAAUUUCAACAUUCACAAACUUAGCACACAAGCCUGAUAAGUAUGCUUACUAAUGCUUUGUAAUAUUUUUUACUGGAUUUGUGUGGCAAGCUUCCAUUUCUUGGUGAGGUAAAAGCUGCCUGUGCUUGUUGCAUCCCCUACUAUGCUUUAUUGUCUUCACCUUCAGUAUAUAUAGACCACAGUGAUCAUCACGGUAUAAUUCUCAAAGUGCUUUGACUUUGGCAAGACAGUACAGUACCCUAAAUAGAUUAUUGCAUGCAAUAAUACAGUAUACAGUGCUGUAUAUAGAAGUAUUAGAAUGGAUUCAGAAACAAUUUAGCAGGAAAAGUUUAUAAAUGUAAUCACUGCAUUUACUCAUUGGUCACUACUUCCCAACAGAUCCACUCUUCAUCACAAUCGCUUCUGCUUUUAAUGUCUAAAUAUAUUCAGGACAAGUCAUAUGGCAAACAAUUAAAAUUCUAAGCUAAAAGCUGUUUAUACAGUACAGUACAGUAUAACAUGAAUUAUAAAUUAUGUAGUAGAUACAGUAUACAGUAGAUUGAUGGCAACUAUGUAAAUAGUGAACAAAAUUAUGGUACUUAAUGGGUUAUUGAAACUUUUAACAUUAUUAGGGACUGGUUGUGGGCAUUAUUAUAUGUCUCUGUAUCUUGAUAGUUUAAGGAAUAAUUUGACAUAUAAACCCCUUAGUUGUGACUAUUUAUUUGCCCCCUACCCUAUUCAAAUGUCACAAUACUGUAUAGCCAAAAAUAAUUUUUUUUAACAACCAAAAGAGAAAACCCCAGGUUUUUUUUAGCUUUGCCAUUAAAUUAAACAAGUUAGUUUCGAGUAUUUUCUAAUACAAAAUAUGAUCUAAAAAACCUAAAACCAAUGUACUGUGUGUGUUUUACCAGCACACAUUAUCAUGAUAAAUAGCACCAAUAAUCAUAAUCAGUAAAUGUAAUUAAGUUUUUACCUCAUUCCAAAGAUCUAUGAAAAUUUUUGUCCUCUGAGGAACGACCCUAUAUUAAACAUACUGUACAUAUAUACAGUGGAACCCUUUGUGAACAAAUUUAAUCCGUUCCAAAAAAUGUAACGUAACCCAAAUAUUCGUACAUCAAAUAAAAUUUUCCCAUAAGAAAUACGUAAUGUAAAUUGAAUUAAUCCAAUUCACACACCCAAAAAUAUUUACUUUAAAUAUAUUUUGUCCAGAAUACUAAUAUCUUUUCUAUACACAAAACAAUAAGGAAUAACUGUAAACUGUAAAUAAAAUAAACGAACAUUUCACUGCACUUUCCCUUUAUUGAGGACUCUUGUUGAGGAGGGGGGGGGGGGGAAGGAGGGGAGUCCCCUUCCAUUAUAUCAGGCAGUGAUGACAUUUCUGGGGCACACACUCCCCCUACGUUUUGCAGGCACACCACUAGAACCUGCUUGUGGCUCACUGGAUGUCUCACUAAGACUGUCUAAAGACACUUGUUUUUGCCUAAGGUUUAACAAUUGUCUGUACUAAGACGCGUUGUCGUUAAAAUGUUUAACACAACAGCUUGCUACAGCUUUAUCUGGGCUAGUCUUUUCAGCAAAACUUUCCAGUUCUUCCCAUACUGUGCACAUUUUCCUAGCCAGAUCAACCACAUGCAUAUCAUCUUCAUAUUUACGAAUGAUCUCUUUUUUUUUUUUUUUUUUUUUUUCUUCUAUCGUUUUCCUCAACUAUUUUCUUAGGUUGAACUUUACCACCGACUAUCUUGGGGCCCAUGGCGUGAUAUAUAAUAAUUUUUAUAUUAAGCAACAAAAUAAGAACAAAAACCAUGAAAUUGUUCAGAGAAUUCAAGUGCAGUUAUCACUAGGUGGGAUACAGGCAUAAACUGACCUUAUUAACUCAGACAAGUAUGAAUGAGCAGUUCAUACUCUGGAGCAGAAGUUGUACACCAGGGCAUAUUUUCUCACUAAAUUUUUGUUGUUCACCGGAGAAUUCAUAUUCACGUGCAAUAGUAAACCGAGCUUCCACUGUACAGGUAUAUAGAUAUACAGUACAUAUAUAUUAGUACAUUUUAGGAGGAGAUUUUCUUUAAUACAGUACAUAUAAUUAAAAUUAACAGCAUCGUGACUAUUGUUUAAUAUUUUUAUGGAUAUUUUCCAUUCUAUAUAAAUAGCUUUAACCAUCUAGAGGGUGAAGAAACAGAGAUACAUACAUAUAAGCAGUAUAAGAGUGUGUGAAGGGGAAUGUGAGGUACCCAGUUCUCAAAGGAGGCUGCCGUUGUCACUUGGUAAACAUUUGACUUGGCAGUGGAAGAGAAAAUUAAGACAUGAAAUGAAGCAUGAGAAACGGAGGAGAGAGGACAACCUUUUAUGUAUAUAUAGUGAUUGGUAAGGUAAAUAAUAUAAAAAAAAAGUAAGAGAGAAGAUAAUGUACUCAGAGGAAAAACUCUUGGACAUCAUACUUUUGAUAUCCCAAACCGUGGGAAUUAUUGGCUAGCUUAACCGCAUAUUAUCCAUGUGUUUAGGUCAACAAGUGGAUUGUUAAUACAAUGUGUUAAUACAUUCAACAAAAUGUGACUGGAUUAGUGAAUAUACAGGAACGGUCAAAGGUAACUUUAUACGAGUUCCCAUAUGAACACAAACAUUUGCCUAUAGUAGAAAACAGGCAAUCAAACCAAAGGCAAGACAUACUAUAUUGUCUUAUCCCCUGAAACAGAGAAAAAAGAUGACAUCCACCUGGGAAUAGCUAAUUUAACCUAACAGCAUUAGCCACAAGUGUGCAGGGCUGGAGAAUGACGUAACCUAAUACAGCAACAGCCUCCAGAAUACCGGAUUAGAAAUUAAUCCUGCAUUCAUGACUUAUGACACCCACGGUGUGAUAAGUCCCUCAUACAAGGCUGUGUAUGAGGGAUGGAAAUCGUUAUUUUUCUUUAUAGAUUUGUGCAAUAUUAAGGCUCAAAAAUGAAUAGUUUAUAUAGACCAGGUCUAAUGUUAAGGGUAUUGGGACAGUGAUUAAUUAAGAUUCAAUCAAAUUUUGUUCAUCCACAUCCCUGCAGCUAGCAAUAUGUUUUGAUUCCCUGAAGUUAAUGGUAUGGUCAGAAAGAUUGACAUGUAGAUAUAAUGUACAGGAGUGUUGUGCAGUUCGAAUUGAGCAACAAUGUUGGGACAAAUGGGAUUCUAAUAAUUUACCAGUGUCCGCAUUGUACUCAAUCUUUGCAUGGGAUCGAAUACACACAACCUGCAGCAAAUGCUGGCGAGUCCUUGAUUAACAUGGUUGUAAUUGUAUUAUUGUUUUUGAAUACCAAAUAUAAGUCUUCAAAACCAGGGAAAGUUUAGCAAUUCCUUCUGAGUAAGGAAGCAUAAUCCCAAGAUUAGGCCUUCGGAUUAUGAUUGUAGAACAUAUGCUUAGCUUACCCUAACUCUACAUCCAGAACUCUUUUGGAGUGUUGCAACUUUGCCCCAAUUUUGUGUAUCUUAACCAUUUCCUAAUCAAUAAAUUCCAUGCAAUCCAGAAGACACUGUACGCUUAACUUUAAUAUGAUUAGAAUAGAAGUGCACAUACGAGCAAAUGUUAGUAAGCUUCCUGUAAACAUUAAAUUUAAAAUGCCGUGAACCUUACUAGAGUUCAACCAAUAAAGAGUAUUGAGAAAGAUAAUAUUGUGAGAUCAAAGACUGCUGAUAACCUUUCAAGAAAAAAGUUUUGUGAAUUGUGGUGUGAAAUUAGAAAAAUUGAAAAGUUCAUUCAAAAGGGUAAUGAAUGUCGUGGACGAUUUCUCUGGUUCCUAUAAUAUAUGUAAGGUAUUCAAAGAUAAACAUUCAACUUUCUACAACAGUGCUAUAUACUGUAUAGAUGUGAUUGAUUUAACUACAGGUGUAUGUGACAUCUCCAUACACCCUUACCUUAAUGUUACAUACCUGAUGACCAAACGACACAUCAGAAGAUGAAGAAACAACAAUGUUUCGGUCCAUCCUGGACCAUUAUCAAGUCGUGUGUGAGCAAACACGACUUAAUAUUCGGAUUUGGACGGACUGAAAUGUCGUCAUUUCUUCAUUUUCUGAUGUGUGGUUUGGUAAUCACAUCUUCAACCAAGUUAUUGUGACUCAUAGUCUGUGUUACAUACCUGCACACUGUAACCCUGUAAUGGUUGAGAAAGCUGUAACCUAAAAAAAAAAAAAAGAGCUCUCAUAAUCCCUGAACAUAUACUCUACACUGACAACCUUAAACAUAGAAUGCCAAAAGUGUGUGUGUAUGUCUUGCAGGCUCUCUCUCCUAUGGUACAUCGCUAUCUGUAAUAAACACUUCUGCACUUGUUUGCAUUCUAAAGAUCUGAGCUUCUAUGUCCUCUGAUAACUACUAGAGUUACAGUAUCACCAUAAGCACACUAUUAAACAAUUUGAUUAUAUACUCAUUGACUUUCUAGCUGACGAACUAGACACCUCUGGCUUUCAAUUUGCAUACAAAACUGGUCACCCAACAGUGCUUUGUAAUUUCUUGGUGGCACAAACUAAUCAGUACUACAACUCACAAGGCAGCUCCUUACUAAUCAGUACUACAACUCACAAGGCAGCUCCUUACUAAUCAGUACUACAACUCACAAGGCAGCUCCAUUUUCUCCUUCUGUUUCUGGAUGCUUCCAAAGCUUUUGGCAAAGUUGAACACACUAAACAUUUUAGAGAACUGUUUAGCAGAGAAAUAUGUCCUGUCAUUCAUUGCUAGAUAUUUAUAUAUUUCUUAUCAGGUAUGCAAAUUAGCCAUGAACUGGAAUAAUGUCCUCUGAAAAUUUCUAUAUAAAAAUGAGGUCAAACGGGUGCUGUUCUAAGUCAAAUUUUGUUUGCUAUCGUGAUCCAUUGUUAAAAAGAGUUAGAGCAGUUAAGUUGGCUGUCAUAUAAGCAGUAUCAAGGCCAAUGUUUUCUGUCAUGCUGAUGAUCUAGUUCUACCCGCACCAACAAGAAAUACCAUGGAAAACCAUAAGAUGCGAUAAUGGAAAUAAAUGAAAAAUAUAGCGGAGAAUAUAACAUAACAUUCAAUACUUCCAAUUGUGCUGCAAUUUCUCUCAACUCACAAGACUUGUAUUAUCGAAAUCCCACUCUAAAAUUAUUAGGGAGUGUGGCUCCAGUAGUGUAUUCUGAAAAGCAUCUGAGGCACAUUGUAUCCUCAAAGGGGCCACUUAUACAUUUUUCUGAUGCUAUCAGAGACCUGAAGGUCAAAACAAGUCAUCAUUAGUGAACUUGGUCAUCUUGAUACCUUGUCGAAAGUAAAUUUAUUUAACAAUGUUUAUACUUACAUGGAUUUGAACUAUGGAACCUACAAAAUGCUAGCCUUGGUAAGCUUAAUUAUGAAUGGAAAAAAUAUUUUAGGCAUACAGUAUCUUGGGUUUUCAUCUUCACCCUCAUUGCAUUCUUCUACCUGGCAUGGUGUUCAAGCCUACACGCGAGGAAAUUAUUCACAAUGAAUGAUGAUAUUUUGUCUGAAAGGAAUUGCCCAUCCACUAAACUCAAUCUACUUUUUUGUUUUUCUCCGGCACUUACUUAUCACUGGGCUACUUAUCCUGAAAUAUAAACGUGUUAGGAAAUACAACUUAAGAAUUUUAUAUAUAUAUAUAUAUAUAUAUAUAUGUCGUACCUAGUAGCCAGAAUGCACUUUUCGGCCUACUAUGCAAGGCCCGAUUUGCCUAUUUCCACAUAUACACACACACACACACAUAUACACACUCACACACACACACAUACAUAUAUAUACACAUACAUACAUACAUACAUACACAGACAGUAAAAUAUAAAAGGGGUACCACAUCUGGUGCAAAUGUAGGGACCCAUAAACUCGGAGUAGAAAAUGAAGAGUACUUAGAAAAGACCUUGUGGAUCCUCUCUGAACUCUUUGAUAUUUUCUUUUCCUACCACUCCUAUUCUUUUUGUAUGUGUGUAUAUAUAUAUCUCUCACUUUAUUUUAAAAUUUCUUUACACAAAAAGUGUUACAACAUUGGUUACAUGCAGGGUACAAGGUUACUUGUCACAGGUUGUAGAGCUCCUCCAGCUCUUCAGAUGGCGGGCAAAAACCAUGGAUCCAUUGCAUUAUUUUGUCAGAGCAAUCGCUGCAAUUCACCAAGCUGGCUGGUAAACAUUAUUUAAACUCGAACAUUCCUCAUACUUAUUCUCUCUCUCUCUGCUUUAGCUGCUGUCUCUAUGUAUAUGGAGUUUUGCACUUGCUCUUCAUUAUACUGGCAGAGGGAACCCCCACAUUUUAAUCUCACAAUGCUUAAAUGUAUUGCAAAAGGGGUGCUUCUUUAACUUAAUACCUAAAAUGACAUGCAGAAUUACAAGUCUUGCUUUUCAACCUUUGGAAAAGAUUUGUAGGCUUUCAUGCUGGAGAAAAGGUGACAAUGUCAACUGAUAAAACUGUUCUGUUCAUUGCUUCUUGGCCUUUGCUUUCUUGGCAUCAUUUUAAGUACCUUUGCAGGCUUUAUUUUGCAGUACUGUAGUUGUUUUUGUGGUAAUGGGAGUAUUUUUAUGGUUGUUGAUCUUCUUUUAUUUCUUUUCUUCAACAGGCAUGUGGAUGGGAAAGAGAAAA